AUGAUUAUGAUAAUUUUGUAAUUAAUCAAGAUAAGUAAUUAAAUGUAAAAAGUUUUGAAUUAAUAAAGUCCAAUAAUCAUUUUAGCAAUAGUGCUACAUACACAAUUUAAGAAAUAGAGAUUGAAGAUUUUAUAUUUUUUGAUUCACCAUAAUUAUGUGAUACUUGUGAAAGAGAAAGAAGGAUAAAUCAUUACACAAUUCUUUAUUCAAUAUCCUCAAUAAAUCAUACUUAAAUUUUAUCUAAGAAAAAUAAAUCUAUGUUAUUACUUUUAAUUGAUGCAGAAUAUCUUUUAACUAGCAAAAAUGCUCUCAUUGAUUCUAUAAAUAAUAUAAAUUUAUAUUUAGAAAUAAAUAGAUGAAUCUGUUUCUGUAAAUUUGUUUUUCCUGUUUUUACAAAAUUAAAAAUGA